GGGACCCCACGGUUUUCGUCAACCACCCUCAAAUAUCUUCCUUCAUUCCUUCACAACCUCAAUUGAGGUGCUGCUAUGAUGAAUACUUCUUCUAGAUGUCCGAAUGUACUCGCAUCCGGGUCAGCUUAUGCAAGAUCCUUUCUUAACCAAGUACCUUCGCGGUCCUUCUCGUUGACACCCCCGCAAAAUGCACGAAGAGCUACCAGAGCAAGGCGCUCGCUCUUCAGGUGGCUUGGCACACAAGGAGAGAACUUUAGAAAUCCGUUGGCAAAUUCAACAAAUUACAUGAAUGCAUACAACAACGAUGGUAAAUUGAAGAGAGUCAUAGAAGCUGCGGCGAAUUCGAGGAAGGAUGGUGGCCCCACGCCGGAAAGUGAAAAUGAGCCCGAUGCGAAUGGCAACAAGGAAUUACCGCCACAAACUUCAAGAGAUAUGAUACCAUUCCCGGGAAAUCGAAAGUUCAUAAGCCAGCCUGUGUUGGGUGAAGAAUUGCGGGAGCUCAUUUGGAGAAGAAUUAUGCAAGAUGCUAGGUCGGUGAGAGAAGUUAGUGCUGAGCUUGGAGUUGAAAUGAGUCGUGUGGGAGCAGUCGUACGACUAAAAGAGAUCGAGAAAGAAUGGGAACGAUUGGUAUGUUAUGAAAGACUUUUAUACACACCAGCAUACUUUAUGAUGAUUUAUAAAAAUCGAUUAGUCUUCAAGACAACUACAUGGUUACAAAAUUAUGCAUGCGAGCCUCUCUGAAAGUUAACUUACAUACGUGUCUUGUUUUGGGAUAUUUCCGGUCACAAGCUAAUUAUCAUUGUCAUAGGGAAAACCUCUUGCGAGACCUUACGCCGAUGCUGUUAUGUCAAUGGUUCCCGUAACUCAACUAAAUCCGGCCGGCAAAGUUUCACAUGAGUCAAUCAAUGAUUUACCUAUCCACGUAGCAACGGGACAACAAAUUUUCCACCCCACGUCGGAAUCGAGACAUUUCACACGGGAAGAUGCUGCAAAGAUUUUCGACGAGAGACUUCUUCCUGCAGACAAAAGAAUACCACAUCCCGAGUUGAUUGAGAUACAUAAAGACUUUAGAGCUGGAUUGUCUCGAGAGGAAAGGAUUGCGCGACAAGACGCAAGAGACCAAGCAGAAGAUGAAGCGAGGCAACUUAUAGCUGAUCGCAAAGCAAGGGAAGAGGCCAAGAUAAAGAAGGUUAAUACGGCUAGAUGGGAAUUCAGAAUCAAGGAAAUUAAUGUUGAUGAUAUUGGUAAAGACGGUAGGGGGGCGCACGGAACAGGCUGGAGGUACGGAAGACCUUUGAUGGACAGAAAGAGAGGACAGGUAAAGAUUCCUACAAGUGUGCAAUAAUGAUUUAGAAAGUUUUAUCAUAGAUGUACAUGGAGUUUUAGGCUGGAGGAUUAUCAUGACAUUAGCGACCAUAUUGAGCGCAUACUUGUACAUUUAUUUUGUACUAUACCAAACCCAUCGAGAGGACCGAAGGCUUUCCGCAUCCCUUCCAGGUGUACAAAUAUAUUAAUACAUCACGAGCACCGCUUG